AGCUCCCUUUUAACCGUUCCUCCAAUCUGUUUCAAGAUCAAUUGAUACCUCACACAAACAUAAUCUCGGAAGCAGACCACACAAUGGCCUCAACAACCACAGACCCAACGCCAACCACCCAGUAUGGCGGCAACAACAACCCCAUUGCCCGCGGCGCCCUAAUAGUCGUCGAAGGUCUCGACCGCAGCGGCAAAACGACCCAAGUCAAGCUUUUGGAGGACCGCUUCCUGAAAGCCGGGAAGAAAGUCAAGACCAUGCGAUUCCCCGACCGAACGACGCCCAUCGGCCAGAUGAUCGAUUCGUACCUCAAGUCGCAGGCGCAAAUGGACGAUCAUGUUAUUCAUUUGCUGUUUAGUGCCAAUCGAUGGGAGGCUGUAAAAACAAUCACCUCGGAACUAUCCCAAGGCACCACCCUCAUUCUCGACAGGUACUACCACUCGGGCAUCGUCUACUCGGCCGCCAAACAAAACCCAUCCCUCUCCUUAUCCUGGGCGCGCGCCCCCGAAAUCGGUCUCCCGCGUCCCGACCUGGUCCUCUUCCUCGACCUCGACGAAGAACAAGCGCGUUUGCGCGGCGGGUGGGGCCACGAACUCUACGAGAAAGCCGAGAUGCAGCGCCGAGUAAGGGAGUUGUUCUGGGGCUUGUCGCUGGGGAGGGUGGGGACGGUGACGGUGCCGGUUGGUGGUGUUUCGGCCUUGGGUGGUGCUGGGACGGGAGGCGAGAGAAAACGGGGUGGGGAGGAGGUGAAUAAGAGGGAAGCGGUCAUGCUUGCCGAAGGACCAACGGAGAUGGAAGAGGUGGCGGUUGGAGCGCCGACGCCACUGGCUGGGGCUGCGGGCGGUCCGCAUAUUGAUAGGGAGUAUGCUUUUAGGCAGGAGGAGGAGGAUUUGCAUGUUAUUGAUGCGAGCGCGAGCGUCGAAGAGGUGGCGGAGGAGUUAUGGAAGGUGGUGAGCGCGAGAGUGGAGGCGGUGGAGAGGGGGGAGGUUGGAAAGGUUGUGAGGAGGGUGUUGUGAUGAACACGAUGUGUUUUUGGGCGUUCGGCGAUUGGGUGUUUUGGAUAUCAAACCACAUGAUACGGAGAUUAUAAUGACAAAGCUGGAUGUUGUUGAUGUGU